UUCUCCAUCGUAGAUGACACAAAACUUCCAAGGUUGUGAAUGCAAAUAAAUAAUGGCAGCGCAGUAGUUGAUGCACAGAAACGAAAAAAGGAGAGAACAAAAAGCAAUUAGAGAGAUUUAAGUGCGCUGUCACAGUAAACGUGUUUUAUCAUGACCUGUCCAAUGUUUUUGCGUUCAUUUGUGAGUUGAUCCUCCAAAAUUCAAGAUUCAAAUCAAGGGUGGCCUCGAGACGUGAUUAAGUUAAUUUGUAGAAUUUACGUGGUGAACGAUAGACGUGCCAAUCUUCCUGUUUUUGUUUUCAUUUCGACAUGAGCGCAAGUGUGGCCAAGGAUGGAGUCAACGUCGAGUUAACUGGUCUCCUCACUGUAUCCGAUAGUAGAAACGGUAAUAUAUCGGGUUCACCGGGAUUGCUUGGUAGCAAGGACUCUAGUGUAAAACAUGCACGGUUUAAUAUCGAAAAAGUGACGUCACCGACAAGUAAUGAUCAUCCGCACAACCAAAGCACGAUUCACGAUAUGGACACGAUCGGAUACGCAACGCACGAAGCUGUCCCACUCACCAUGUUUUAUAGAAACGAGGCGUCUGUUCCUGGAAAGGCAAGGCAGCGACCAACCCUAGCCGAACUGCACAAAGGUUUUGACGAACUGGAUGAACAAGACGGUGAAGACGUCGCUCUAGCAGACACGAGAGAAGCGGAGCCAAACAUCAAAGUAAAAGAUUCUCAAAAAACAGCAAGUUUGAAAUUCGGUUGGGUAAAAGGUGUCUUGGUGCCUUGCUUACUCAACAUAUGGGGUGUCAUCUUGUACUUGAGGUUGCCAUGGUUAACCGGACAAGCUGGUAUUCUCGUAGUGACUGCGAUCAUCUUACUCUCUGCACUUGUGACCACGAUCACAACUCUCUCUAUGUCGGCUAUUUGCACAAAUGGCGAGGUGAAAGGAGGAGGAUCAUAUUUCUUGAUCUCGAGGAGCCUUGGUCCUGAAUUUGGUGGUUCAAUUGGUAUUAUAUUCUCGCUUGCAAAUGCUGUCGGUGUAGCUCUAUAUGUCAUCGGGUUUGGCGAAACAGUUCAACAGUUAAUGGCGCGUUCGAAUGUUGUUAUGGUGGACAAAUUAAACGACAUUCGAAUUAUCGGCGUCGUUGUUAUUAUUUUCUUAUUGAUCAUUACGCUGAUUGGCUUGGAUUGGGUGAUUCGAACUCAACUUAUUCUAUUGCUAAUUCUAGUGUUAUCUAUGAUCGACUAUGCCAUUGGAACGUUCAGUGGAUCACUACUAGAAGACAGAGACGUUCAAAAAGCGCAGGGUUUUACCUCCUAUUCUGCACAAACUUUUAGUGACAAUUUCUUCCCAGAAUUCCGCGGCGAGUCUUUCUUUUCUACAUUUUCUAUAUUCUUCCCAGCCGCCACCGGUAUAUUGGCCGGUGUGAAUAUCUCUGGAGAUUUGAAAGACCCUCAGUCCGCUAUACCGAAAGGCACGUUCACAGCAAUUGGUCUAACUACAGUGGUGUAUAUUGUUCUAGCUUGGAUGAUUGGUGCUUCUACGGAAAAGGACGCAAUGGGCGUAAUAGCAACCGUUGUCACAACAAUAGUUUCUAACUCCAGUUCAUCUAUUUCAACACCUUCACCUAACGCUACGACCACCCCAGCAACUGAUGGCGGUCUGUCUUGCAUACCUAACUGUGAAUAUGGACUUUUAAAUGACUACCAGGUCAUGGAACGAUUUUCGUUAGCCGGACCACUCGUCCUAGCUGGUAUAUUCGCAGCCACGCUUUCGUCUGCGUUGGCCAGUUUAGUUGGCUCGCCUAAAACGUUUCAAGCAGUUUGUCGUGAUGGUGUGUUCAAAGGCUUAGAGUUUUUCGGUAAAGGAACCGGAGCCAACCAGGAACCAAGGCGUGCAUACGUACUUACUUUCUUUAUUAGCACUGGUUUUAUUUUAAUCGGCCAACUUGACCUAAUAGCCCCUAUUAUAUCGAAUUUUUUUCUAAUGUCCUACGCGUUGAUCAACUAUUCGGUAUUCGCUGCUUCACUGGGAAGAUCACCUGGGUGGAGGCCAUCAUUUAGGUACUACAACAUGUGGCUCUCCUUGCUUGGUUGCGUGGUGUGCGUUGGGAUAAUGUUUUUAAUCAAUUGGUGGGCUGCACUUGUUACUAUCGUGAUUGUAAUGACACUUUACAAGUACGUGGACUACAAAAAGCCGGAGAUUAACUGGGGUUCAUCUGGUCAGGCACAUGCAUACAUCAAAGCGUUAAAGUUCGCUCAUUCGUUGAACAAAACAGACCAGCACGUGAAAAACUUUCGUCCACAAUGUCUGGUACUUGUCGACGCGCCAUCGAAUCGACAGAAUUUGAUUUACUUUGUGUCUUAUUUAACCAAACAUGUUGGACUGAUGAUAUGUGGACAGGUUAUCGUUAAAGCAGAAGGGAUGGGCGAGAUAAAUUGCCUGCCACAAGAGAAGUGGUUGAGACUUAAAAAGAUCAAAGCCUUUAUGGCCGUCACAGCAGCGCCCACUGUUCGCCUCGGCGCCCAGGCAUUAAUGCAAUGCACAGGAUUGGGGAAAUUGAGACCAAACAUCAUUGUUCUUGGCUUCAAACACAGCUGGCAAACUGACUUGAAGGAAAAAGUUGAAGAUUACAUCAAUAUCAUCCACGAUUCUUUCGAAGCAAAGUAUAAUGUCGCCAUCUUGCGCAUGCCCAGUGGUGUUGUUAUAGACGAGGGUUCCGAUGGAGAGUAUGACGAAGAGCUUGAUAGAGAGCUUGAAGGUGCUUUUCAGAGCGAAGCAAGUUUGCGUGCUAUGGAAGAAGACUCAGCCGACUUUUUGACUCUUCCUGAAGAUGUUAGAACUCAAAAUGGUAGCAACACUGUGACGCCUACAUUAAAUCGAUCAGGUAGUGCAAAACGAAGAAAAAACACUGAACAAAAAAAUGAAACGAUUCUUUCCAUGGAGGAGAACGUGAAGGGUUAUAUCGAUGUAUGGUGGAUGUUUGAUGAUGGUGGUUUGACCAUGUUACUGCCAUACUUACUGUCUCGAAAUAAAAAAUGGAAGGGAUGUUCUUUGCGUGUUUUAACACCGGUAGCCGAUAAAAAGCUGAAAUCGAACCAAGUACGCAUGGCAAGUCUGUUGAAAAAAUUUCGUAUUGCGUUUUCGGGUAUCGUCGAAGUUGAAGGUGUAAACGCCAGACCAGCCCAACAAAAUAUCGACAGGUUCCGUAAUUUACCGUGGCUUAAGAAUGAACUCGAUGCUGAUGAACCAUUGGAUAAAAAAACGCUGCGUCAGAUACGCUUAGGUGAAUUGAUGAGAGAAUAUUCGCAGGAAGCGAAACUUGUUGUCAUGACGAUGCCGGUACCGAGAAAAAGUGUCGUGUCUAAUUUUAUGUAUAUGAGUUGGUUAGACGUGAUAUCAGAAGGCUUAGAUGCACCAAUAUUUUUAGUUCGUGGUAACCAGACUAGUGUACUAACAUUUUAUUCGUAAACACUUGUACUUGUUCUGUUCAGUAAGAAAAUUUAGUUUAUAUAUUCAUUUUGUAAUUCAUCAUACCGAAAUUGAUUGAUUAUCAGUGGG